CAAACACGUGAACAAGUAUCCCUGACUUUUCGAGAUGUGGAAGAAUCAUUAGAAAAGUUCAGUGGUGAUGAAAAACUAAGCGUCACUCGGUGGUUGGAUGAUUUCGAGGAGAUGGCAGAAUUGUGUCAGUGGGUUGAUGUUCAGAAGGUGGCUUAUGCAAAACGUCUUCUCACUGGUUCAGCCAAGCUCUUCGUCCGAUACGAAAAAUGCGGUAAGACUUGGAAAAGUCUAAAAUCCGCGCUAAAAAGCGAGUUUGAGGAAGUGGUGGAUAGCUACAAGGUUCACCGCGAGUUAUCCAGGCGAAAUAAAAGGAACGACGAAACGUAUCAAGAGUAUACGUAUAAGAUGCUCGAGAUAGCCAGCCAAGCGGAUCUGGAACCUCGAACCGUAAUAAAGUACAUAAUAGAGGGAAUACCAGAAGACCCAGUUGAGAAAUCUAUUUUAUAUGGAGCGAAAACUAUCCGACAACUGAAGGAAAGGUUUUCUCAAUUUGAAGAUAUGAAGAGCGAGAUGAAGUCCCACAGGAAGAUCCAGGACAAGAAAGAAGACACCAUAAAACGCGUUUCCACAGGGGAGAAAAGCAGGCUAGGACUUCAAAGCGUAUCGAAUGUGAAACGGUGUCAUAUGUGUGGUGACAAAGGUCAUUUUAAAUCGGAGUGCCCGAAUAAACAAAAAGGAUUAAAGUGCUUUAAGUGUAAUGAGUACGGGCACAUUGCGAUUAAGUGCGGUAGUUCGGUACCAAAACCCACAAACACCCAGAAGACCAACAGCAUUUCAAGGAAUCACACCACGAAGCAUACAAAGGAAAUCACCAUAACGGACGUCAAACUCACUGCGCUCAUCGACACAGUCGUAGAUGCUUUUUCAAAGUUUGUAUGGUUAUAUACGACACGCUCUACCGAUACGGCCGAAGUACUAGACAAAUUAAGAAAGCAGGCAGUAAUCUUUGGAAAUCCACGCAGAAUUAUUACCGAUCGAGGCACGGCAUUUACUUCAACUGCAUUUCUGGAGUAUUGCAAAGAAGAAAAUAUUGAAAAUGUACAAAUCACAACAGGCGUUCCAAGAAGUAAUGGUCAAGUCGAACGGGUUAACAGGACGAUUAUACCAUUAUUAACGAAAUUAGCAGCACCAAGGGCCGACGAGUGGUAUAAGUACCUCACCAUUGUCCAGCAAUACCUGAAUGCAACUCCCAGUCGUAGCACUGGUAAGACACCAUUUAAUUUACUGUUUGGUACACACAUGCGAUUAAAAGACGACCCAGAAGUUCGAAAGAUAAUCGAGGAUGAAUGGAUCAAGAUGUUUGAAGAGCAACGAGAUCAAUUAAGGGUUGAAGCGAAGACUAAAAUUGCACAAGUCCAGGAGGAAAAUCGGCGAAGUUUCAAUAAAAAACGCAAGAAGGCCAUCACGUAUAAAGAAGGUGAUUUAGUGGCAAUAAAAAGGACUCAGUUUGGCCCUGGUCUGAAAGUACAGCCAAAAUAUUUCGGACCAUACCAGAUUAUAAGGGUAUUGCGUAAUGACCGUUACAUUGUUGAAAAGAUUGGUUACCACGAAGGCCCAAGGCAAACGUCAGCAUCAGCUGAUCAUAUAAAACCCUGGUCCCAAGAUAAUGAAGAUGAUGUACAAGAUAAAGCAGUGGGUCGUGAAUUGUAUGACAGCGACGAUUCCGACGUCAACGAGGACAUCUGAGGGCAGAUGUCUCACAGGAUGGCCGAAUGUGGUAUCGGAAGCGUGUAGGAUUAAUUAAUAAAGUCAAGUUAGGUAUUAAUAGAAAAUAAGAUAUUACUUAAAAUGUUAUGAAUAAAGACAGCGAAUGCUCGAACAACGAUUUAUAGUUUUAUGGUACUCUACCCAUGGGGGUAGCAGGUAGCGCGUUUGGAAGUUGGUGAUUGAUGUUAAGGGAGUCGUUGUUCAGAUUGAAAAGAAGAAGGUUGUUCGAGGAUCGCGUAUGUUUUCUUGUAAAUAUCAGCUCUGUAUAUACUUGUAAAUAAAUAAGAAAAAAGGACACUACGAUUUUGAGUAAC